UUUUAUUUGGUCUUAUGACCUUUUAUUUUUAAAUGGCUUCUAGAAGUUCUUAUGUAUUAACCAUGUUGUGUUUUGCAAACAAAUGCAUAAUUUUAGUCAAGCCUUUUUUAAAUAUGUUUUUAUAAUAUAGGGUGAACCAGGAAGGAAAGGAGAACCAGGAGCUAAAGGAGAACCUGGACCAGUAGGAGUUUCCGGUGUUCCUGGGCUUCCCGGCAAUCCAGGGAAGCCAGGAAUAGAUGGGAAACGUGGAGCUACAGGAAAAGAUGGAGAAAAUGGUUUUCCAGGAAAGAAGGAGAGAAGGGACAAAAGGGGGAAAUGGGAUCUCCAGGAAAAGAUGGGAAAGAUGGAGCAAAAGGAGAGCAAGGUCUACCAGGUUUACCAGGACCUCCUAUGCUGCUAAACUUCCCCACCAUAGCUACACCAGAAGAGGAUGCACCAGGUCCACCAGCCCAUGCCUUAAAUACAAUUAGAAUUCCAGGUCCUCCAGGAAACCCAGGGAUGAAGGGAGAAAAGGGAGAAAAAGGUGAAAAGGGUGAUCCUGGUCCUGGAAAAGCAAUUGAAAUGAAGGAUAUAGAAAAAAUGUUUGAAGCCUAUGGUAUUAAGUUAUCUCUUCUCAGAGGCCUGGUUAACAAGCUUCUGCAGGAGGGGAUGGAAGAAGUUCUUCAACAGCUCACAAGCCCUAAAAAAGCUAAAUCUGAGAGAAAAAAACAGGUUUACAAGCAGACUACUGAUUAUACUAGUUCUUUGAAAUAUGAAGUGUCUAGUGAACCUCUGACGGAAAUUGAAGUAAUUGAAGAAGACUUAGAUGCUGAAAUACAGGAAAUGAUUCCUGCUACUGCCCAACCCUUUGUAACUGGAAUCCAGCAUACUGGCACAGAGUGGACUUUAUCCCCUAAUGUUGAUCCUGCUAUUGAUAAAUUAUCAGAAAAAGACCUUAUAUUGCAGAGUUUACCAACAGGCACUUUAGAAACUUACACAGGAACUGUGGAGUUGGAAAAUGUUACUGUGACAGAACAUGAAGAGAGUGAUCAUGAAGGGAUUGACGAAGAAUGGGACAAUGAAGGGGUGAAGUUCUCAUCUGAAAUAAAUGUAGAAAAGGAUGAUUUGGAAAAGAAGCACCACAUUCACUUAGAAGAUGAAAAACCAACGGGCUCAUCCCAACUUUUUGAUUCUACCAAGAAAAGUCCUGGCCACAGAAGAAAAGGUAAAGACAAGGCAAAGGGCAAGGAAAGCACAAGGAGAAAUAAAAGGCAGAAAUCAAUGCUGGAGGAGGGUUUCUCCAAUGAAGAAUCAGAG